AUGACGGACACCCAAGUUAGAGAACGUCGACCAGUCGGCGGGGCUGGAUUCGAUGAGAAAACUGGCAACGCCCAUGUGAAGACACUGGGCCAUCUGCGUCUGCGAGAUGCUGAAACAAACGAGGUCAUUCUCGUUCCAACCCCGUCGUCGGAUCCAAAAGAUCCUCUCAAUUGGCCGCGAUGGUUCAAACUAUACACCGCAGUGGCUGUCUGCUUUGCUAUGAUUCUGUGCAAUUUCCUCGCCGCCGGUCCGACUCUAGCCAUCCUCCAGACGGCGCAAGACUUCUUCCCCAAUUGGAAAGAAACCGGAAUGGCCAGCCCUAUCGCCAAAACCGCGUACUUCUUCAAUUGUACUGCGCUCUUCCAGGGUCUGGGUAAUCUGGUUUGGAUGCCACUCAUUAACAAGUACGGCCGUCGCCCAGUAUACGUGACUGCGUUUACUCUAUACACGAUUACUGCGAUCUGGUGUGCGGUUGGAAAAGGAUAUGCCAACUUCCUUGUCGCUAGAAUUUUCAUGGGCAUUGCUGCCGGUGCUGGAGAGUGUCUAGCACCUGUGACCAUUGCCGACGUGUUUUUCUUGCAUGAGCGUGGAGCAAUCACUGCGUAUGUCUCCUUCAGCCUAUAUCUUAACCGGUCAUUCACUCACCUCUUCCCUAGGUUAUACAAUGCCUCACUGAAUCUAGGCGUUGCUAGUGGUGCCAUCAUUGAUGGCUUCAUUGUCAAGUACCAUCCCUGGCGGUACAUUUACUACGUGGCUAUCGCCUUGAUCGGGAGCGUCACGCUCAUUGUGUACGCCACUUUCCCCGAGACGGCGUAUAUCAGGAAUAUCGCACCCGACGGCACGGUCACCACCCUGACUUCUUCAGGGCAGCGUAUCUGUCGCAGCACUAAGGGUGAAGAAGCAGGUACUUCUUCAGUUCAUGAGGUAGCCCCGGUGGAGCGCAGUGCCGGAUUCAUUCAGGGCCUCAAGUUAUACCACGGUAAAUAUACCCAUGAAUCUCUUUGGCAUAUGACAAUUCGCCCCGUGGGACUUUUGAUUCUGCCCCCUGUCCUCUGGGCGACACUAGUCAUGUCAGUCACUAUUGGAUUCAUCACCGCCAUCACCUCGAACGUGGCUUCAGCGUUCAACACUGCCUAUGGGUUCGAAGCAUGGCAAUCAGGUCUUUGCUUCUUCUCGGCCGUCAUUGGGUGCUUCUUCGGUAUUAUCCUUGGUGGUAAUUUCUCCGAUUGGGUCGCUGAUUUCUUCACUCGGCGCAAUGGUGGUAUUCGAGAGCCCGAGAUGCGACUCCCAGCUAUCAUGAUCGGUGCCAUUACCGGACCGCUUGCCUUAGCUUUAUACGGCUGUGGCAUCAAGUGGCAGAUGCAUUGGAUCGUUCCUACCUUAGGUAUUGGAUUGAUCAACUUCACUAUCACUCAAGCGACGAAUGUAUCUCUCGUGUAUACAAUUGACAGCUAUCGCCCUAUUGCGGGAGAGAUUGUCGUCACUCAGCUCGCCUUCAAGUCUGCCUUUGGUUUCCUGCUGGGCUUCUACACUAACCCGUGGGUGGACACGCAUGGAUACAAUGUGGCCUACGGCGAGAUGGCAGCGAUCUGCGGCGGCGUUCUUAUCUGUUGGAUUCCGUUGUUCAUCUGGGGAAAGAAGAUCCGUGAGAAGACUCUUAGCUGGCGAGUCAUGAGCUGGGUCCGUUGGAACGAUGAUCGUGAGGUUGGAGAGUGA